GAAGCGUCCCCGAGCUUCGCACGCGCGAUUAUUCUCUUCGCUCGACCGUCGCCCAUCACUUUUAACGCGUUUUUUAACAAUAGAUGCGCAUGUUUAUCACUUUGUGCGGGUAUUUUUUUUGUUUUUGUUUUUGUUUUUUUUUUUUAAUGCGAAUAAAAAGGGGGUGUUUUGUUAUUCAACAGUGCGUACUUGGGUACACCAUCUAAUUGCUUGACGAGAGCGAUAUAUUGGUUUGGACGAUCUUAUCGGUCUCAAGUGUACCACACGAAAGGGAAAAUCCGUACGUAUAAUAGAAACUCGGGAAAAUGAGCGAAAACAGGGAUCAGCGCACGUUGAUACUCCACAAGCGACCGACCGACAACGACGAGGUCGACCCGGUGCUACGUGCCAGACCGAGUUACAGGGGCCUGCAGCAUACGGCCGAAGGGACGUCCUCGUCGAGGAGAACCCACAAGAAGAACAACGAGGGCGAGCGUGGCUUGGCCCGCGCCACAGUAGUCAUGCCGCCCCGAGUACUGCAACACCCGGCUCACCUGCCCUCCAGGCCUGCGAAAAUCCCGAUGACGUCGCACGACGAUAAUGAGAGCUCCGUGCAGCAUCACAGGCGAGAGGACGACGCGUUGAUGGGCCACAGCGAUAAAGUGGAUCCCACUGCAAAAAGAUCGAGGAUAGAAGUCCUUUCGAGGAAGGACAUGUUGGAGGAUAGACAACAGAACGAGGACGAUGACAUGGGUUAUCCGGUGCAGAUCGUCCAAACGCAUCCGGACCACACGUUCGAGCUCGACGAGGACGCCCUGACCGAGAUUCUGCUCCAGGAGGACAUCAAGGACCGAAGCGUCGUCGUUGUCUCGGUCGCCGGAGCCUUUCGCAAGGGCAAGAGCUUCCUCCUCGACUUUUUUCUCCGUUACAUGGACAGUAAAUACGUCAAAAAAGAAAACACGGAUAGUUGGCUUGGUGGCGAGAACGAACCGCUGAGCGGGUUCUCGUGGCGAGGGGGUUCCGAGCGCGACACUACCGGCAUUCUCAUGUGGUCGAAGGUGUUCCCCACGACCCUGUCGAGCGGCGAGAGGGUCGCGGUCAUCCUCAUGGACACACAGGGUGCCUUCGACAGCCAGUCGACGGUGCGCGACUGCGCGACCGUCUUCGCCCUCAGCACGAUGCUGUCCUCCGUGCAGAUCUACAAUCUCUCGCAAAACAUCCAAGAGGACGAUCUGCAACACCUGCAGCUGUUUACCGAGUACGGCAGGCUCGCUCUCGAAAAAUCAGGCAGCACGCCUUUCCAGAGGCUGCAGUUUCUAGUGCGCGACUGGAGCUACCCGUACGAGGCGGAUUACGGGGCCGAGGGUGGCAUGAAGAUCCUCAGCCGGCGUCUCGAGAUUUCGGACAGACAACACCCGGAGCUCCAGAGCUUGCGCAAGCACAUCAAAUCCUGCUUCUCGGAUAUAUCGUGCUUCCUCAUGCCCCAUCCGGGCCUCAAGAUUGCCACUAAUCCGAAAUUCGAUGGCAGGCUUUCCGAAAUCGAGAGCGAGUUCAAGCAGCAGCUCAGGUUACUCGUACCUCUACUGCUUGCGCCUGAGAAUCUUGUGACCAAAAAAAUCAACGGACAGGUCGUCAAAGCCAAAGAGCUGCUCGAGUAUUUCAAGAGCUACAUCAAAAUAUACAAGGGCGACGAGCUGCCCGAGCCUAAGAGCAUGCUUGUGGCCACGGCCGAAGCAAACAAUUUGUCGGCCGUAGCAGAAGCCAAAGAUUUGUAUCUGCAAAUGAUGGACUGCGUUUGCGGAGGAACCAAGCCAUUCUUGGCGACCGCCCAUUUGGAGUCUGAACACUCGCGGUGCGUCGACAGAGCGUUGUAUCAGUUUGAAAACAAAAGAAAAAUGGGCGGCGAGGAAUUUAGUCAAAUGUACAUGGAAAAAUUGAAAAAGGAUAUCGAAGAAGCUUUCCAUCAGUUCAAGGCGCACAAUGAAAGCAAAAAUAUUUUCAAGGCUGGCAAAACUCCCGCAGUGUUUUUCGUCAUAGCCGUUGUAACAUAUAUAGCUUCUGGUGUUUUCGGCCUAGUCGGUUUGAGCACUCUAUCAUACAUCUGUAAUGUUAUUAUGGGAGUUGCCCUGUUGACACUUGUCUUGUGGGCGUACAUUAGAUAUUCUGGAGAGUUGCGUGAGACGGGUUCGUUUAUUGAUGAUCUAGCAUCAAUGAUAUGGGAGAACUUUAUGAAACCGGUUUACCAGCAAUUCGUGGAGCGGUCUGUUGCAGGGAUAGCAGUGGUGCAAGUUGCUCAGAUGGCUACCAAUUCAACAAUGGCAACGAUGAGCAACAACACUGCCACUGUCAAUGGCAAGCCUAAAUUAUCGUAAUGCAAUGCUCUCUUUGUGGUGUUGCAAAUAAGAGAUAGGAAAAAUGUUCUGUCAAGAAGACACAAAAUAAAGUGUUCCGUUCAGUACCACAUGCGGUUGUAAAACGAACAGAUUUCCGCUUAAUUGUUGGUUUGAAGGAAAAUUAACUUUAAAAAAAAUGAAAAAGUAAAUGGAAAAAAAUUUACAAAAAAUAAUGUUUGAUACCAUUCUUUGCUCAGUUCAGUAAUUUCAACUGCAAAGGUGUGUACAGUACAUCCUGAUUAAGAGUAAGAGUUAGAUUGUUACAAAAAUUUAUUAUUAUUAUUAUUAUUAACGUCGCUAAUUGUAUUGUUAUAGUAAAAGAAACAAAAAAAAUUUGUAUUAAUAAGUGAUAUUGUCCAA